AUGAGAAGGAAAGCAACACCGAAAAAACGCUCUCUCAAGGGCGCGAUUGAAAAUGAUAACGGCAGCAUGGAGGUUGAAAAAAAUACAGACAUGAAACCAAUCAAACAAAUAUUAAAACCAGAUGAAAAAACUCAGACUGGAAAAGGCCUUGGAAAAGCAGCAGCCAGGCGUAUGGGCCAGUUGCUGAAACGGGUCUUCAAAAAACAGGAAGAGUCCAAAAUAAAGGGUAAUGUCUCUCUGCCAAAAACUCCCAUACGCUUUUUCAAGCAUCAAAUUAAUACAAUGGCUGAGAAGACACCCCAGACAAAUAAAAAGACUCCCACAGGUAACAUCUCCCAGCUCAUCCUCGAUGUGGUUUCCCAGUGGAAACACCAAAGAGGUAUUUCCAUGGCAGAGCUCAAGCAGAUGCUGGCUGCUCGAGGCUAUGAUGUUCCAAAGAACAACAAGCGGGUGGCCAUGGCAACUCAAAGGUUGAUAAACAGUGAUACACUUACACUGACAACCAGGAGUGCCACAUACAAACUCAACCCAAAAAAACUGACCAAUACAAAGCGAGUUAGGUUAGACAAAGUGCCUUCCCCAAAAUCAAAAGGAGACCUGCAGCUGAGCAAAACAGCCAGCAAAUCUUCUAAAGUAGCAGAAAAGCCACAGAGACCAGCCAGGGUUCAUAAACCAAAAGUUAAGGCUUGUAAACCCGUGGCCAAAUCACGAAAACCAGCAGAUAAGACAAGUAAAACCAUAGCCAAAUCGCAAAAGCCAAGACGAAAGACCCCUAAAACUAGCAAAAAAACACAUAAGCCAAGGCGUAAGACCCCCAAAACGAGCAGAAAACCACAUAAGCCUGCAGGAAAGAAACGCAAACCUGCAAAGAUCCAAGCAGCACGGUUUCGAAGGGCACAGAGGAAGCAUCGGAAGACCCAGAGGCGUCAGCCAAAGCAAAACAAACAUCGAUAUAAAUAUUCACAGAAAAGACAGCGACCAAGACGUAGGCAAAGAUCAAAAACAUGGCAACGCCCUGUUGCCAGGAGAAGGGUUUACUACUAUUAG